ACCCGCACGAAAUGUCCUCUACGACGUCGGCGUCGGCGUCUGCGACGUCGUCCGCGUCUCCUACUCUCUCCGCCGGUUCCAAUCUGAAAGUCGUCGGUAUCAUUCUAGCCGUAGCAAGUGGUGUUUUAAUCGGGUCGAGCUUCGUCUUCAAGAAGAAGGGCUUGUUACGCUCGCAGGCCGGGCAGAUAGCAGGAGAAGGUGUUGCCUACCUCAAGUCGCCACUAUGGUGGUUAGGCAUGAUCAUGAUGAUUAUGGGGGAGUUAUGUAACUUCGCCGCAUACGCUUUUGUGGAGGCAUUGAUUGUGACCCCUAUGGGAGCCCUCUCCGUGGUCAUAUGCGCUAUCCUGUCGUCGAUCUUCCUCAAAGAAACCCUCAGCUUCUUUGGUUGGCUGGGAUGCGGUCUCUGUAUUAUUGGUUCAGUUGUUAUAGCCCUGAAUGGGCCCCAAGAAGCUUCUGUCGGACAAAUCACUGAAUUUCAGAAGCUUUUUCUUGCGCCGGGAUUCCUUGCCUAUGCAGGGGUACUCAUAGCCGCCUCCCUAGUAAUCGUAUUCUUCGUCGCGCCUAAGUAUGGGAAUAAGCAUAUGCUUUGCUAUAUUAUGGUCUGUAGCAUGAUUGGCGGUAUUAGUGUCAGCGUCACAACUGGCCUCGGGGCUGCCAUCGUCACGACGGCUUUUGGUGACAAUCAGUUCAAGCACUGGUUCAUCUAUUUCCUGAUGAUCUUUGUGGCUGUCACCUUGAUUACGGAAGUUUUCUACUUGAACAAAGCUCUAGCUAUAUUCAAUACAGCUAUGGUCACUCCCACGUACUACGUGAUCUUCACCUUCUUCUCUAUGGUGACCACUAUUGUCCUUUUCCAAGGCCUGAAAGCCUCCGCAGCACAAAUCCUCACCAUCGUCAUGGGCUUCCUCACCAUAUGUGUCGGGAUCACAAUACUGCAAAUGUCCAAGGUCGAUCCGAACGAAUUCAAGAAGUUGGAUAGGAAGUCUACCAUCCUUCUCCAAGCUGCCCGAGCCCACACAGAAGCCGUGGACGAGAAGGACAUUGCUGGGAUCGAAGACCCCGGUAUCGACGCCCUGCGGGGUUCAUUCGGCGCUUUUGGUAGUAUCGUUAGGGCGAAGAGCGCUAGGAGGAUGAGCAUGAGCACGAAUGGUACCGUGCGCUCACGGCGGCAUCGCGAUCGCGAAUCGGACCUCGACAUGGAGCGCAACGGCAGCGUCUACGAUCCUGGCUCUGAGUUCCGAGGACACCUGAAGCGUCAUCAGCUGUAUGAUGCCCCAAUGCCGUCACCAAAUGCUCAGGAGACCGGCUCAUACAGAGAAUCGGUCACUAGUAGACCAUCGAUAGCCAAUAUGCGGACUCCGACGAUCAAGUUCGGCAGUCAAGACGUCGUACAUCAGUAUUUCCCGACCGUCACCGGGGACCACUCCGCUACUCACGAACAUCGGGAAGCGCACCAUUCAGCUACCCUCCCUCCCACUCCUAAACCUCAUCAAGCCUCGGAUCCCUUCAGGCAACCAUCACUGCCCGCCACUCAGGAGGAGGCUGACGGUGCGCUGCGCUCCGCGCCUCCAGUCAUGACUGGUCUGAACACUUCGGACCCGUAUCAUCGACCUCAUGCAGAAGAUCCCUUUGCCGGGUCUCCAUCAACAUCGACCCUUUCCUCCUUCCCCUCAAUAAGUUCAAUAACGCAAGCCACCCGAGGAUCAAGCAUACGGCCUUCAUUUAUCAGUGACGACGACGAUGUACGUAAUAGCCGCCACCACCAUCACCAUCAUCAUCACCGACAGUACCCCAGGGGAGAUAAAGACGCGGACAAGGAAGAGAGCGAGAGCCUGGUGCACCGGUCGUCGUCCGAGGACGACGACGUGCCGCCGAACCUCGGCUCUAUACGCCUCGUUCCCAGCGGGUCCUUUACGAAGUUCUGACAGCUGUUUCUUGGGAUGUUUAGAGGCGUGUACUUGUACGCUGAGGCUCAGGCUUCGUUGUUUUACUACUUAUACUAUCUCUCUCUGUAUCGGACCUACGGACCAGUAGAACUACGGAUGUAUCGCGUCUUUCGAUCUUCGCGCAUACAUGUUGCCUUACUAUUUACGACAUUCACGAGUCUUACUCUGAGGACAGUAUUGCAAUUGACUGACUGCAG